ACCAUGGCCUUCUGGGCGCAGCUGCGGCUGCUGCUGUGGAAGAACCUCCUGUACCGCAGGAGACAGCCGGUGCAGCUCCUGGUGGAGGUGCUGUGGCCGCUCUUCCUCUUCUUCAUCCUGGUGGCCGUGCGCCACUCGCACCCUGCGCUGGAGCACCACGAAUGCCACUUCGCCAACAAGCCGCUGCCGUCGGCGGGCACCGUGCCCUGGCUGCAGGGCCUGCUGUGCACCCUGAACAACACCUGCUUCCCCCGGCCGACGCCCGGCGAGCAGCCCGGACGCCUGGACAACUUCAACGACUCCCUGGUCUCUCGGCUGCUGGCCGACAUUCACGCAGUGCUGGGGGGGCCCAGUGCCCGCCGGACGCUGGCUGGCCUGGGGAAGCUGAUGCCGGUGCUGAGGGCGGCCGGCAGCCAAGCCCGAUUUCUGUCCCAGGAGCGACCUUCACCGGCCACUCAGCUGCUGGGGACACUGCUGCCCGGGACACCUCUAGUGUCCACACUGGGCAGCUUUGUGGAGGCUGCUGAGGACCUGGCCCAGGAGCUGCGGUCGCUGUCCAGCCUGGCGGAGCUGCGGGCGCUGCUGCAGAGACCCCGAGGCACGGGCAGCCCCCUGGAGCUGGUAUGGGAAACCCUGUGCAGUGCGCCGGGCUCCAGCAGCCCGGCCGGCCUCUCCCUCAACUGGUUCGAAGCCGGGGACCUGAAGGAGUUUGUGGGGUCGGAGCCGGUGCCAGCCCUGCCUGUCGGCAGCCUGAGCCCCACCUGCGUGGAGCUGCUGGGGGCUCCGGAGGACCGGCCCCUGUCCCGCCUGCUCUGGAGGUUCCUGAAGCCGCUCCUGCACGGGAAGCUGCUGUUCACGCCUGACACGAACUUCACCCGGCAGCUCAUGGCCCAGGUGAACCAGACCUUUCAGGAGCUAGCCAUGCUGAGGGACCUGCCCGAAGCCUGGAGGACGCUGGGCCCCCAAAUCUUCGCUUUCAUGAAUGACAGCGCGAACAUGGCCGUGCUGCAGAGGCUCCUGCGAAUGCGGGACAAAGGCAGGAGGCCGGAGCAGGCCGAGGCCCUCAGCGCCUUCCUGGACCCCAGCCUGGGCGGCUACAGCUGGCGGACGGCGCACGCAGACCUGGAUCGCCUGAUGGACGGACUGGGCCGAGUGAUGGAGUGCGUGUCCCUGGACAAGCUGGAGGCCCUGCCCUCCGAAGCUGCCCUGGAGGUCCGGGCGCUGCAGCUGCUGGCCGAGCACCGCUUCUGGGCGGGCGUGGUCUUCCUGGGGCCCGAGGACCCCCUGGACCCCACGGAGCUCCCAGCUCCAGGCCUGGGGCCCGGCCACGUGCGUCUCAAGAUCCGCAUGGACAUCGAUGAGGUCACGAGGACCAAUAAGAUCCGGGACAGGUUUUGGGACCCCGGCCCGGCGGCGGACCCCCUGACCGACCUGCGCUACGUGUGGGGCGGCUUCGUGUACCUGCAGGACCUGCUGGAGCGCGCGGCCGUGCGCGUGCUCAGCGGUGCCGCCCCCCGCGCCGGCUUCCACCUGCAGCAGAUGCCGUACCCCUGCUACGUGGACGACAUGUUCCUGCGCGUGCUGAGCCGCUCCUUGCCGCUGUUCCUGACGCUGGCCUGGAUCUACUCGGUGGCGCUGACCGUGAAGGCCGUGGUGCGGGAGAAGGAGACGCGGCUGCGGGACACCAUGCGCGCCAUGGGGCUGGGGCGCGCCGUGCUCUGGCUCGCCUGGCUCCUCAGCAGCCUGGGGCCCUUCCUGCUCAGCGCCGCGCUGCUGGUACUGGUGCUCAAGCGGGGGGACAUCCUCCCCUACAGCCACCCCGGCGUGCUCUUCCUGUUCCUGGCGGCCUUCGCCGUGGCCACGGUGGCCCAGAGCUUCCUGCUCAGCGCCUUCUUCUCGCGGGCCAACCUGGCGGCCGCCUGCGGGGGCCUGGCCUACUUCGCCCUCUACCUGCCCUACGUGCUGUGCGUGGCCUGGCGGGACCAGCUGCCUGCGGGGGCCCGCGUGGCCGCGAGCCUGCUGUCGCCCGUGGCCUUCGGCUUCGGCUGCGAGAGCCUGGCGCUGCUGGAGGAGCAGGGCGAGGGCGCCCAGUGGGACAACCUGGGCAGCGGGCCGGCGGCCGACGUCUUCAGCCUGGCCCAGGUCUCCGGCCUGCUGCUGCUGGACGCCCUGCUCUACGGCCUGGCCACCUGGUACCUGGAGGCCGUGUGCCCAGGCCAGUACGGCAUCCCUGAGCCAUGGAACUUUCCCUUCCGGAGGAGCUACUGGUGUGGGCCGGGGCCCCCUAAGGGUCCUGCCCCACCCCCUGCCCCGCAGGACCCGAAAGUGCUGGUGGAGGAGGCGCCACCCGGCCUGCACCCCGGGGUCUCCCUGCGGGGGCUGGAGAAGCGCUUUCCCGGCAGCCCGCAGCCAGCCCUGCGGGGCCUCAGCCUGGAUUUCUACGAGGGCCACAUCACCGCCUUCCUGGGCCACAACGGGGCCGGCAAGACGACCACGCUGUCCAUCCUGAGCGGCCUCUUCCCACCCAGCGGGGGCUCGGCCUUCGUCCUGGGCCACGAUGUCCGGUUUGACAUGGCAGCCGUCCGGCCCCACCUGGGCGUGUGCCCCCAGCACAACGUGCUCUUCGACCUGCUGACGGUGGACGAGCACAUGUGGUUCUAUGGGCGGCUGAAAGGUCUGAGUGCAGCUGCCGUGGGCCCCGAGCAGGACCGGCUGCUGCAGGACGUGGGGCUCGUCCCCAAGCGGGGUGCGCAGACCCGGCACCUCUCGGGCGGGAUGCAGAGGAAGCUGUCCGUGGCCAUCGCCUUCGUGGGCGGCCCCCACGUGGUCAUCCUGGAUGAGCCCACGGCCGGCGUGGACCCCGCUUCCCGCCGUGGCAUCUGGGAGCUGCUGCUCAAAUACCGCGAAGGCCGCACCCUCAUCCUGUCCACACACCACCUGGACGAGGCGGAGCUCCUGGGAGACCGCGUGGCCGUGGUGGCCGGGGGCCGGCUGUGCUGCUGCGGGUCCCCACUGUUCCUGCGUCGCCACCUGGGCUCCGGAUACUACCUGACGCUGGCCAAGAGGCCGCCUCCCCUGACCGCCUCUGAGAAGGGUGGCGCUGAUGUGCAGCAUAGCCGGGAGCCGGGCGGCCAGGGAGCCACCGCGGGCGCAGCCCAGCUCCUGGCCCUGGUGCGGCGCUGGGUGCCCGGUGCCCGGCUCGUGGAGGAGCUGCCGCACGAGCUGGUGCUGGCGCUGCCCUACGCGGGCGCCCAGGACGGCAGCUUCGUCCGGCUGUUCCAGGAGCUGGAUCAGCAGCUGGGGGAGCUGGAUCUCACCGGCUACGGGAUUUCCGACACCAGCCUCGAGGAGAUCUUCCUGAAGGUGGUGGAGCAGUGUGCUGCGGACAGAGACACAGACCCAGACUGGGAGGGUGGCCGAUCCCCAGCCGGCCCGGAGCUGCGCCAGGGGCUCAGGAUUCUGCCGGAGGAGCCGGCCCUGGAGAACGGGGAGCCGGCCGGGUCAGCCCCGGAGACCUGGGCCCUGCACGGCGCCGAGCCAGGCCGCGCGGGCCAGGUGCGGGGCUGGGCGCUGACCCGCCAGCAGCUCCGGGCCCUGCUGCUCAAGCGCUUCCUGCUGGCCCGCCGCAGCCGCAGGGGCCUGUUCGCCCAGAUGGUGCUGCCCGCCCUCUUCGUGGGCCUCGCGCUGGUGUUCAGCCGCAUCGUGCCUCCCGCCGGGCACUACCCGGCCCUGCAGCUCAGUCCGGCCAUGUACGGGGCCCAGGUGUCCUUCUUCAGUGAGGAUGCGCCAGGGGACCCGGGCAGGGCCCACCUGCUGGAGAUGCUGCUUGCCGAGGCGGGGCUGCAGGAGCCGGAGCUGCACAACACCUCCCACCGGCUGCCCGAGUGCUCGUCACCCCUGGCUUGCCAGUUCUUGGUGCCCGAGGUUCCUGCCAACGUGGCCGAGGCCUUGGCCGUCGGGAACUGGACCCCGGAGUUCCCGUCCCCCGCCUGCCAGUGCAGCCGGCCCGGCGCCCGGCGCCUGCUCCCCGACUGCCCGGCUGCAGCCGGCGGCCCCCCGCCUCCGCAGGCGGUGGGCAGCUCGGGGGAGGUGGUGCAGAACCUGACCGGCCGGAACGUGGCCGACUUCCUGGUGAAGACCUACGCGGGGCUGGUGCGCAAGGGGCUGAAGACCAAGAAGUGGGUGGACGAGGUCAGGUACGGGGGCUUCUCGCUGGGGGGCCGAGACUCCAGCCUGCCCUCGGGGCGCGAGGUGGGCCGCACGGUGCAGGAGCUCCGUGCACUGCUCAGCCCCGCCCCUGGCGGGGCUCUGGACCACGUCCUCAACAACCUCACGGCCUGGGCGGGCGGCCUGGACGCCUGGGACAGCAUCAAGAUCUGGUUCAACAACAAGGGUUGGCACGCCAUGGUGGCCUUUCUCAACCGGGCCAACAACGCGCUGCUCCAGGCCCGCCUGCCGCCCGGCCCAGCCCGCCGCGCCCACCGCAUCACCACGCUCAACCACCCCAUCACCACGCUCAACCAACCCCUGAACCUCACCAAGGAGCAGCUGUCCGAGGCUGCGCUGAUGGCCUCCUCCACGGACGUCCUCGUGUCCAUCUGCGUGGUCUUCGCCAUGUCCUUCGUCCCGGCCAGCUUCACCCUGGUCCUCAUCGAGGAGCGGGUCAGCCAGGCCACGCACCUGCAGCUCGUGGCGGGCCUGCCGCCCACCCUGUACUGGCUCAGCAACUUCCUCUGGGACAUGUGUAAUUACCUGUUGCCGGCGGGCAGUGUGGUGCUCAUCUUCCUGGCCUUCCAGCCGAGGGCCUACGUGGCCCCCGCCAACCUGCCCGCGCUGCUGUCCCUGCUGCUGCUGUACGGCUGGUCCAUCACUCCGCUCAUGUACCCGGCCUCCUUCUUCUUCUCCGUGCCCAGCACGGCCUACGUGGUGCUCACCUGCGUCAACCUCUUCAUCGGCAUCAACGGCAGCAUGGCCACCUUCGUGCUGGAGCUCCUCUCUGAUCCGAAGCUGCAGGAGGUGAGCCGGGUCCUGAAGCGCGUCUUCCUCAUCUUCCCCCACUUCUGCCUGGGCCGCGGGCUCAUCGACAUGGUGCAGCACCAGGCCCUGGCUGACGCCUUCCAGCGCCUGGGGCACAGGCAGCUCCAGUCUCCGCUGCGCUGGGCGGUGGUCGGCAAGAACCUCCUGGCCAUGGCGGUGCAGGGGCCCAUCUUCCUCCUCGUCACACUGCUGCUGCAGCAUCGCCGCCGCCUCCUGCCACGGCCCUCGCUGAGGCUGCUGCCAGCCCUGGGGCAGGAGGACGAGGACGUGGCCCGCGAGAGGGAGCGGGUGGCCCAAGGGGCCACGCAGGGGGAUGUGCUGGUGCUGAGGGACUUGACCAAG